GCUCAGCUGAAGCUCUUCCUCUCUGCUCUCUCUCUGUCACUGCUGCACACAACUCACCAAGAGCGUAAACAUGGCUGCGAACCGGGUGAUCGUUUAUGGAGGAAGAGGAGCUCUGGGCGCAACGUGUGUCCAGCAUUUCAAAUCCAAAGGAUGGUGGGUCGCUUGCAUCGACAUGGCUGCAAACGAGGAGGCGAACGAGAACGUGAUCGUGAAGUUGAGUGAGUCUUUCACCGAGCAGGCAGGACAGGUGACGACAGAUGUGGCCAAGUUAUUAGGGGAGCAGAAAGUGGAUGCCAUCUUGUGCGUGGCAGGAGGAUGGGCGGGAGGAAGCUGUAGUUCCAAAGAUUUGUACAAAAACACAGAUCUGAUGUGGAAACAGAGCGUGUGGACCUCCACUAUCUCCGGCCACCUCGCUGCUCUGCACCUAAAACCAGGUGGACUGUUGACUUUGGCCGGGGCCAAAGCUGCCCUGUCGGGCACUGGAGGCAUGGUGGGCUACGGCAUGGCCAAAGCUGCCGUCCACCAGCUGUGUCAGAGUCUCGCAGCAAAGAACAGUGGGAUGCCAUCGGGAUCCGCUGCUGUGGCCAUACUACCGGUUACCUUGGAUACGCCGAUGAACAGGAAGUUCAUGCCUGAUGCGGACUUCGGUUCCUGGACACCGCUGGAGUACAUCGCAGAAAUGUUCUUCAACUGGGCCGCGGGAGUGAACCGGCCGGCUUCAGGAAGCUUAAUGCAGCUGCUGACCUCCGGAGGGGAAACCCAGGCUGUGGCCACACAGUAGAGGACAGAGGGGAGGAGUGGAGACGGUGAUGGGGGUUGGGAGGGAGAGAUAAGGAGAUGGAGAAGCCCAGAGAUAGACUGGUAGAGAGAGGAGGAGGAGGAUAUGAGGAAGAGGGUUUAAGGGUGUGGAGGUGAAGAAGAGAGAUGGUAACAGAGGAACUGGAUAAAAUAAGAAGGUGGAGAGGAGACAGUUAGAUGGGUUCAUUUUGGAGGGGGAGGAGGAGGAGGAGCUUUUAUUGCAAAUGUAGCCUCAGAGCGCCAUCUAGCUGUGACAGUCUAAACUGUGUUUUAUAUACGGCGAUGGUAUGGACACUUUUCAAAUGUGCACAACAAAUUUGAGGUAUUCUUUCAAAGAUCAGUGAAGUCUAAUAAGUUAAAUGAGAAACAAUUCAUAUAAAAAUGUUCAUGUAGCUUCUAAUCAGUGACCGCUUUCACACAGUCCUGAUCCAAGAGAGAAAAUUGAAGAAAAUUGCUGAAAAUGAAUUAUCUGUCUUAACUUCCUCCAAAAUGCACAUCAGCUACUUCAUACCUAUAUUAGCUUCAGUCGUUUCCUUUAAAGUCUUUGAAAUCCAACACACAACGUUGUCAGUCCAUUGUGACGUGACAUCUGUAGACCUUUUGGGUUUUUUUUUUUUUGUAUCGUCCCUGAAAGUCCUCUUCCACUGCAGAAACCUCGAAGUCGAAGAAAAAGCCGCUGUCUUCUUCCCUCAAACGGACAAUAAGGUUGACGGUGAAGUGGCCUUAUUUUAUGUUUGUAGCUGUCAAGUCAAAGUGUCCUUGUUUUCCGCGGUGCUCUCUUCCUGUUGUGGGUUUUCUAAGUCGUGUAUUGUAACUGUGUGAAAUUCACAAUAAAAUGAGCCAACACCAAGGAUCCAUUUUGAGGUUCAGAGUUCAUUCUUGACUUUGGAAACAG